AGUGCUCUUCGUGCAGUUUCCUCUCUGUGAAGGCACGCGGGCUUCGCUGACUCUGCCUGUGAUUGUUGUGUCGCCGGCCAGGAGAAAGUUGCUCUCGCAGUCUCUUCGCUUUGUUUUGCUUCAUCACCACACACAGCUAUGGCGGAGAACCAGGAGGAGAAGCUUUACAAGGCGGAGUACGCUAAAAGCGGCCGCGCGUCUUGCAAGAAAUGCAAAGAUAGCAUCGCUAAAGACUCGCUGAGGAUGGCCAUCAUGGUUCAGUCGCCCAUGUUUGACGGGAAGGUCCCCCACUGGCACCACUUCUCCUGCUUCUGGCUGCGAGCGGCGGCUCAGUCCACGGCCGACAUUGCCGGAUUUUCCGAUCUGCGCUGGGAGGACCAGGAGAAGGUGAAAAAAGCCAUCGAGAGCGGCGGAGCUGUCGGAAUAGGAAAGGGUAGCCAGAAGAGUGCAGCUAAAGGAGAGAAGACUCUGAAUGAUUUUGCGGUGGAAUAUGCCAAGUCGAACCGCAGCACAUGCAAAGGCUGCGAGCAGAAAAUAGAAAAGGACCAGAUUCGUGUGUCCAAGAAGACAGUGGACCCAGAGAAGCCUCAGCUGGGCCUGAUUGACCGCUGGUACCACACGGCGUGCUUCGUGUCCCGCAGGGAGGAGCUGGUGUUUAGACCCGAAUACAGCGCCGCCCAGCUGAAGGGAUUCAACGCCAUGCGUGCAGAAGACCAGGAAGAGCUGAAGAAGAGGCUGCCUGCUGUCAAAUCUGAAGGGAAGCGUAAAGCGGAUGAGGUGGAUGGAGCAUCAAAGAAGCAGAAGAAAGAGGAAGAGGAGGAGAAGAAGAAGCUUGAGGAGCAAUUGAAGAAUCAAAGCCAGCUGAUUUGGGGGAUUAAAGACAAGCUGAAGAAACAUUGCUCAGUCAACGACAUGAAGGAGCUGCUGAUUGCAAACGGCCAGGAUGUUCCCUCUGGAGAGUCCAACGUGCUGGACAGCCUGGCGGACGGCAUGGCCUUCGGUGCUCUGGAAUCCUGUAAGGAGUGCAAGGGCCAGCUGGUGUUUAAAGGAGAUUUGUAUUACUGUUCUGGAGACAUUUCAGCCUGGACAAAGUGUGUGUUCAAAACCAAAGUUCCUUCACGUAAAGACUUUAUCAUCCCUAAGGAGUUCCACGAAGUUCCUUUUCUUAAGAAAUUUAAAUUCAAGGGUCAGGACAGGGUUUACCCCAAGGAGGCUCCCUCUCAAACUCUGAAACCAGCAAAAACCGAAACCCUGGCGAGCGCUUCCAGUGCUCCCAGUGAGCGACUGCUGGAAGCAGCACCUUCAGACAAACCUCUGACUGGUAUGAAGCUGCUGGCUGUCGGCAAGUUAUCUAAAAACAAAGACGAUCUGAAGGCAGCUGUGGAGGAACUGGGUGGAAAAAUUACCGGCACUGCCAAUAAGGCCUCUCUCUGUCUCAGCUCUAAGAAGGAGGUGGAGAAGAUGGGUAAAAAGAUGGAGGAAGUGAGAGACGCAGGCGUGCGAGUCGUCUCAGAGAAUUUCCUCACAGACAUCAAGUCAUCGGGUAAAGCUCUUCAGGAGCUGGUGUCUCUUCACGCCAUCUCUCCCUGGGGCGCAGAGAUUAAGGCUGAACCUCAGGCUCCAGCUGCAACAUCCAAAUCUGGAGCUCUGUCUGCUAAGAGCACCGGCAGGGUAAAGGAGGAAGAAGGUGGUAGUAAGACCAAGAAGAUGAAACUGACAGUCAAAGGCGGAGCUGCUGUGGAUCCAGACUCGGGUCUUGAAAACAGUGCCCAUGUCCUGGAACAGAAUGGGAAGAUGUACAGUGCUACUUUGGGUCUUGUGGAUAUCGUCAGAGGCACAAACUCUUACUAUAAGCUGCAGCUGCUGGAGGAUGAUGUACAAAAAAGAUACUGGGUUUUCAGGUCUUGGGGCAGAGUGGGCACCACCAUCGGAGGCAACAAGUUGGACAAAUUCCACGACAAGAACUCUGCACUGGAUAAUUUCCUUGUGGUUUAUAAGGAAAAGACUGGAAAUGAUUGGGGUACCCCCAACUUCACUAAAUAUCCCAACAAGUUCUACCCUCUGGAGAUUGACUAUGGACAGGAUGAGGAAGCUGUGAGACGGCUGACGGCCUCUGCUGGCACUAAGUCUAAGCUGGACAAACCAGUUCAGGAUCUGAUCAAGAUGAUCUUUGAUGUAGAGAGCAUGAAGAAGGCCAUGGUUGAGUUUGAGAUUGAUCUGCAGAAGAUGCCACUUGGCAAGCUGAGUAAGAGACAAAUCCAGAGUGCCUAUGCUCUUCUGACGGAAGUACAGCAGGCUGUGUCAGACAGCGUACCUGAGGCACAGAUACUGGAUCUCUCCAAUCGCUUCUACACCCUCAUUCCUCAUGACUUCGGCAUGAAGAAACCUCCUCUCCUCAACAACCUGGAUUACAUUCAGGCUAAAGUUGAGAUGUUGGACAACCUGCUGGACAUCGAGGUCGCCUACAGCUUGCUGAGAGGAGGAGCUCAGGACAACGAGCACGAUCCAAUUGACAUCAACUAUGAGAAACUCAAAACUAAGAUCGAGGUUGUUGACAAGACCACGCAGGAGGCUGAGAUCAUAAUGCAAUACGUUAAGAACACCCACGCGGCUACACACAACACCUACACCCUGGAAGUGCAAGACAUCUUCAAAGUUGCACGAGAAGGAGAGCACCAACGCUACCGUCCAUUCGAGGAGCUACACAAUCGACAGCUACUGUGGCACGGCUCUCGCGCCACAAACUAUGCUGGUAUUCUGUCUCAGGGUCUCCGCAUUGCACCUCCAGAGGCCCCAGUGACUGGCUACAUGUUCGGCAAAGGUGUGUACUUUGCUGACAUGGUGUCCAAGAGUGCAAACUACUGUCACACCUCUCAGUCAGACCCUGUGGGACUCAUUCUGCUGGCAGAGGUCGCUCUAGGCAACAUGCAUGAACUGAAGAAAGCCUCUCACAUUACAAAAUUACCAAAGGGAAAGCACAGUGUUAAAGGUUUGGGUAGAACCGCUCCUGAUCCAAAUGCUUCUGCCACAUUGAACGGGGUGCAAGUGCCUCUGGGAAAAGGAGUCAAUACUAACAUUGAUGACACAAGUCUACUGUACAACGAGUACAUUGUUUAUGAUGUGGCUCAGAUAAACUUGAAGUAUCUCCUGAAGAUCAGGUUUAACUACCAGACAUCUCUGUGGUGAAAAGAAUCUUGUCUGGACCCUUUAAGGAAAAAGAAAAAGACCACUGUUGCAGCUACAUGCAUUGGCUUCAUUUUCUGCGGCAGAUUGCAUAUAGAGGAGUGAAGCUACACUAUGCCCUAAUCCAUGUGAAAUCGUUUUACUUUUCAUCAGGUUGUGUAGCUUGUAGCGCUGGGCAUCAACAGUUAGUUCAUGUGUAGUGCACAUGGUGGUGCAGGAAAAGGACUAGUGAUAAACCAUGUUCAUCAGGAGUUGAUCGUAUUUGAUCCUGAACAUUAAACUUAAUAAAUAACACCUACUUCAUGUGUAAAAGCCGUUUUGAGCUGUGUUCAUGCACACUACACACAUGCAUACCUGUGGUUAGGUUUUUUUUUCUGAACUAGACUCCUGCAUUUUGUAGACUGCCAGUUUUAACGGUUGAUAUGUACAUAUUUGGUUUGUUCUUUCUAUCAUGCUGUUUUCCCCCUUUAAAGGUCCCACUUUUCUUGCUUACCUCCAUGGCAAUAAAACAAGCUGCAUCCUAAAA